CUCAUUUACUCAUAUUUCAUUCCCAAAAUCUCUCACACCCUCACCUCAGCUAGCUCUUUAUCAUUUUUAUUCUUUUCAGUUUCAUCCUUUACUCUUAUCACAAAAUUCUGCAAAAUACACACAAGCAAAACAUAAUAAUGCCGAGAAAGGGAAUGAAAACGCUUUGCUUCCACGCCAAAACGCCGUCGCUUUUGGCCGGCCCGUCCUCCUCGCCGCAGCGGAGCAACGCCACUCCCGCCUCCACGCCGCCGCGGCGGAGCGUCACGGAGUCGAUGGUCGAGCAGAUAAUCGAGUCGGCGGCGGUUUUAGUGAUGAAGUGGGACCCGGAGUCCUCCACCUACGCCAAGGUCACCUCCCUCUUCUACGAGAGCAAGGCCGAGGCUCGCCAAUUCAUCAUGUGCGUCGGCGACCUCCAAAAAGCCAUGCAUUUCAUGGUCUCCGACGAGUUCUACGCCUCCUCCCAAAAGCUCGUUUUGGCGCAGAGCCUUAUGCAGAUCGCCAUGAAGAGGCUUCAGAAGGAGUUUUACCAGAUUUUGUCCAUGAAUCGCGCCUAUUUAGACCCCGAAUCGGUCUCGACUCGCUCGUCCCGGGCCUCCGCGAGGUCGAGCGUUUCGGAGUUCGAAGACGACGGCGGGACGACGACGGACGACGAUAUCCGAGUAGCCGGAGAUUCGAUCUCUGAAGUGGAACAGGUCUCCUCCACCGCCAUGGAAGACCUGAGAGUCAUUGCUGAGUGUAUGAUCUCGGCAGGCUAUGCAAUAGAAUGCAUAAACAUUUACAAGAUCAUCAGAAAAUCAAUAAUUGAUGAGGGGAUUUACAGAAUGGGAGUGGAGAAACUAAGUCAUUCUCAGAUCAACAAGUACAAUUCGGAAGUGCUCGAGUUUCGGGUCAACAACUGGUUGCAGGCGGUGAAGAAAGCGAAGAGGACCCUCUUCAAUGGCGAGCGGAUUCUCUGCGAUCAUGUCUUCUCGUCGUCGGACCCGAUCAGAGAAUCUUGCUUUUCUGAUAUCUCUCGAGAAGGUGCUCUCCUCCUCUUCGGAUUCCCGGAGCUCAUCGCGAAGAGCAAGCGGUCGCCGGAGAAGAUUUUCCCGAUUCUCGGCAUGUACACCGCGAUUUUCGAGAACUGGCCGGAGAUCGAAUCGAUCUUCGGUUUCGAAUCCACCGCCGCCGUUCGCUCCGCCGCCUUCAAUUCCCUCGUCCGGAUGGCCGAGUUCGUCAGAGAAGCUCUCUCCGACUUCGAAUCGGCCAUCCAGAAAGACAAUCUUCAUCAUCUUCUUCGCCAUCAAGACCGUCAAGAUCUUAAGAAAUCCCCGCCAGGCGGUGGACUCCACCGCCUGACGGUCCAUGUCAUGAAUCACCUCUCUCUCCUCGCCGACUACAGCGAAAUCCUCGUCGACAUCUUCCGCGAUUGGCCUCCUCCGGCGAAAUACACCUCUUCUCUCCCUGAGACAUUACUCUUCGACAACUCCAGCUCCGCCGACUCCUCCGACGAGUCUCAUCCACCGCCGUCGCCGUUGCGGUCUCCGGCGUCGUCGGCGACGACGGUGGCGGCCAUAUCCCUCCGAUUGGGCUUGCUUAUCCUCGUCCUCCUCUGCAAACUCGACGGGAAAUCCAAACACUACGACGACGUUUCGGUCUCCUACCUUUUCCUCGCCAACAACCUCAACCACGUCGUCUCAAAAGUCCGAACCUCCAAUCUCCAUUACCUUCUCGGCGACGAAUGGGUCGCAAAGCACGAGGCGAAAGUGCGGCAGUUCACGGCGAGCUACGAGCGGCUGGCGUGGGGGAAAGUGUACGCCUCGCUGCCGGAGAAUCCGACAACGGCGGCGAUGUCGGCCGAGCAGGCGAAGAUUGUGUUCAAGAACUUCAAUUCGAGCUUCGAAGAAGCGUGCAAGAAGCAGAGGUCGAGCGUGGUGCCCGACGUCAAGCUUCGAGACGAGAUUAAGACGAGGGUUUUCAGAAAACUCGUGACGGUGUAUAGGGAAUUCUAUGACACACACAGGAUCACUUUGGAGAAUGAGAGGCAGGUCAGGUUGUUUGUCAAGUUCACCCCCGAAGAUGUGGGGAAUUACUUGUCGGACAUGUUUUUCGGGACGUCGGAGUCGGAGAGUUGUUCUUCUUCUUGUUCUUCUUCGCCGUCGUCUUCUUCUCACCGCCGCCAAUGGCGGGUUCUUUAA